AUGGCCAACGAACGCUCCGCCCAGGAUGACCGCAACCUCGAGAAAGGUGCGGCCCCGACGCCAGCCCCAAGCAGCGGCCUGCACCCGGCUUUCUAUAUCGCUCUGUGGAUCGCCCUGAGUUCCAGCGUCAUCCUCUUCAACAAGUGGGUGCUGUCCAGCGCCAAAUUCAACUUCCCCCUGUUCCUCACCACAUGGCACAUGGUGUUUGCUACCGCCAUGACCCAGGGCCUGGCCAAGUUCACCACCAUUCUCGACUCUCGCCACAAGGUUCCCAUGACCCCGAGCACUUACGUUCGUGCUAUUGUCCCCAUCGGCAUCAUGUUCAGUCUGUCUCUCAUCUGCGGUAAUCUGGCCUAUCUCUACCUCAGUGUGUCAUUUAUUCAGAUGUUGAAGGCCACCAAUGCUGUCGUGACUCUCUUCGCUACCUGGGCCUUUGGAAUUGCCCCCUACAACUUCAAGACCCUCGGCAACGUCGGAAUCAUUGUCGUUGGUGUGAUCAUUGCCUCCUUCGGCGAGAUCAAAUUCGACAUGCUGGGCUUCCUGAUCCAGUGCGGUGGUAUCAUCUUCGAGGCUCUGCGCCUGGUCAUGGUUCAGCGCCUGCUCAGCUCUGCCGAAUUCAAGAUGGAUCCUCUGGUCUCCCUGUACUACUAUGCUCCCGCAUGUGCUGUCACCAACGGUGUCGUCACCCUCUUCACUGAUGUGCCCCGCAUGAGCAUGAACGACAUCUACUCCCUGGGUAUCAUGACUCUGGUUGCCAACGCACUGGUUGCGUUCCUCCUCAAUGCCUCUGUUGUCCUGUUGAUCGGCAAGACCUCGGCUGUUGUCCUCACCAUGGCUGGUAUCCUCAAGGACAUCCUCUUGGUUUGCGCUUCCAUGAUGAUUUUCCGCGAUCCCGUCACUCCCCAGCAGUUCUUCGGUUACUCCAUCGCGCUGGCCGGUCUGGUUUACUACAAGCUCGGUGCCGAGAAGAUUCAGACCCUCAGCACCGAUAUUCGUCUGCAAGUCGGCGAGUAUCGCCGCGCUAACCCUGCCAAGGCUAAGGGUAUCGCUAUCGGUGUUGUCGCCGUCAUCAUUCUGCUGGUGCUGUACACCGGUGCUCCCUCCGGCGUUCACCCCACCAACUAG